CUCUCUAGCUCUCACUAAAAAAACAAUUCAGCAAUCUCUCACAAAAUCCACAAGGAUGGAAGAAGCAUGUAUGCAAAAUUUGAAUGCUCAGAAGUAUAAGGGUGUUCGCAAGCGAAAAUGGGGCAAAUGGGUUUCUGAAAUUCGUGAGCCGGGGAAAAAAACCAGAAUAUGGUUAGGGAGCUACGAAGCGCCCGAAAUGGCAGCCGCGGCCUACGAUGUGGCAGCAUUGCACCUCAGAGGACGCGGGGCGCGCCUCAACUUCCCUGAGCUACUUGACAGCAUGCCGCGGCCGAAGAGCUCAAGGGCCGAGGACGUGCAGUUGGCGGCGCAAGAGGCGGCAUUGCGGCUUCGAAGGCCGGGACCGGCGUCGGUAGACGAGGGAAGCUCAGGGGGUAAUGUCGUACCGGUUAGGGUGGGGCUCUCGCCGAGCCAAAUUCAGGCCAUAAAUGAGUCCCCUAUGGAUUCACCGAGGAUGUGGAUGGAGUUGGCAAUGGGAGCACUUUUGUUGGAGGAGAGUGAUGAUAUGGUUUUGUUUGAUAAUGAUGUUGAUCAUUUGAGCGAGUGGGAAGAAGUGCAAUAUGAGUCAAUUUGGGACUCCUAGGUAACAUAUAUACAUAGGACAAGAAAUAAUCAGUAAUUAUAAAAGGUAAAAACCUCAAUUUCAUCAAAAAAAAAGAUUAAGAAAACUAACAAAUAAUAAUUAUAAUAUAUAUAAUAGCUAGCUUUAAACUAAUUCUUUUAACUCAUUUACUCCUCUAUAAGCUUAUUCAUUCAAGGAGGAGAAUGGGGUUCAAGUUUAAGCUUCUUGAUGUGCAACCUUUUAAGGUACACGCAGAAUGUUUUUCUGGUUGAGAGAUAAAGAGAGGGAAAAUUAUGAAGGGUUUGUACUCUUGAAGCAU